GCAGUCCGGUCCUCAUAACAAAUAUACAAUGUUGAUUGUUUGCGAUUGAGGGGAAAAUAUACUAUUUGAAUAGGAGAGAGCCAUUAGUAUUGCACAGAGCCUUGUUUGCAGUCUCUUUUCUCAAGGGUAUAGCCAGCUUAUUUUCGUGAAAUUUUGAAUCGUUCUGAGCAGGAGGAAUUCGGUAGCACUAGUAUCGUGUUCUUGGUUGCCGUGUAAAGACCGGUGGGAAUUCUCGUCACCGAAUGAGCCUUGCCUGUUGUUCUGAUCGCUGGAUUAUAUUUGGAUUAAAAGUUGGAUUAAAGAUCUGGAUAUUUGAGGAGAUAUGACUGCGAAACAUGAAGUGCUCUUUUCCUGUAAUUUCGAAACGACUGCCUGUGUGAACAGCAUCAAACAAGAGAAACAGAAUGACGACAUCGACUUCAAGAUCAGGGCGGGGUGGGAUGGAGAAUGGUCAACAGGGCCCGAGACUGACCACACAUUCAAGAAUAGCACAGGCAAUUACUUCUUCAUCGACGCCAACGCCGACGGCGUCCAGAUGGGCGAUCGCGCCGUCAUCCACCUCCUCGAGGAGGGGCAGAGGUUCCGAGAGGGCACGGCCGUGCUCUCCCUCGCCUUCCACAUGCUCGAUAACUACGGGCCCCGCAACCAGAUGGGCACGCUCAACGUCUACACCGACUGCGGAGGGGUGAGGAACGUGACGUGGUCCGUCGACGGCGACCAGGGAAUGAAUUGGCACAAAGUCAGCAUUGGUCUGGAGUGCGCUCGGGAACCAGUUCAGGUUUCCAUCGAGGCCGUUCGGAAUGGAGUACUGAGCGAUAUUGCUAUAGAUGAUGUACAACUCGUUGAUAUAUUUGAGGGUGAUCCCCUUCCCCCGGCAACUCACAGCACAUCCAAAGGUCCCAGCUCAUCUGGAAGCACGCCCCCACCGUCCAGCGGCAUGUCAGGAUCAACUCACCUCACGAACCCCGGGAUGGGGGGCACGUCUGGGCACACUCUCAUGCCUGGAGGAUCGGGGACCAUCACUCCUCCGAUAGGGAAUGGGGCCAAUGACGGGCUUGGUCUUGACAUCAUCGUCCCGAUCGCAGCAGCAGCCCUGGUCGCACUCAUCCUCAUCAUCAUCCUCGUCAUUGUCCUCAUCAUUCAUAGGCAGAGGAAAUCUAGCAAAGGCGGCGGAGAAACGUUGGAACCCCCUUCUCAGCUAUACGAGAACAACAUCUUUGCGGAUGCCUCACCCGACCGGAAGUACGAGUCCCUUCAAGGUCCCCUGUCCAACUCUGAUCGCAUCUACGAGGAACUCAACCACAAGAAAUCCACCAUGGAGAUGCGACCGAAAGGCAAUCCUGCGACGCGGGUUCCUCACCCAGCAAACAGGAUGAACGGCUACCUGCCGCCGGCCAUGCGUCGGAGCAUGCCGGAGCUGGGGGAUAACUUCUACGAUCGGAUCAACGAUCGGGUGAAUGAGCGACCGGUUGAGCGCGUCGUCCCCGUGGAAUCGGCGACGCUGAACAACAACAAUGUAUCUAGGGCGGAUAAUAGCCAUAAUAGUUACAUUGACAGGAGUCAGACCUACCAUCCCGGCGUGAGAGGGAGCUACCCCGAGGAUCAUCCUUAUUUUACGCUGAUGCCUGACGUGGUGUCAUCGACAGCAUUUCAGGAUGAUCGUAUCCUCUUCUCCAUUCCCCCGCCGCCGUCUUCCACCCCACCCCCACUGCCGCCGCCUCCUCGCGAAUACGACUACGGCCGACCGCUUGCCUCGGGGAUGAUCGAAGAAGAGGUCAACGAAUACCACGAUGUCCUCGACGUGGACAAGCGACGCCCGUUGUCGAUCAACUCCGAUUUCGAUGACGACGACGCGCUGGGUCGGCAUCGUCUAGCGAUGGAUAUGGUGGCCGAUAGGGGUUUUGAGAUGGGGAGUGACUUGAGGCUAAGCCGAGAUACGGACAUCAGCGGUAGGAUGGAUCUCGACUUUGAUAUGGAUGUUGACAUGCGGAUGUCCGCCGACGGCGAGGCCGAUAUCCAUAAUAUGGACACGCUGGAGAUGCCGCGUGCCGCUGGCGGUUACGACCGUGGCCGUGACCGGCGAAGUCGAGAUAUGGAAAUCGAGAGAAACCUCGACCAACCUCAUCCGCAUCCCUCCCACCACCUUCAUCAGCGGUACGGGGGAAGCCUUGGUAGCAUAGAUAGAAGGCGGAACGUCGUCGCCGACAACGACGUCGAGCAAGAACUGAAAGAGUAUGAACAGCAUCCCUCUCCUUACCACCACAUAGAAGAAGAUCCACAGGGUCACAUACGAAUGGUUAAUCUCAACUAUUCACCAUCGGUUGUUCAUGUAUAACAUACAACACAUUCACGUUAUGCCUCAGAUCCUUUUUUUAUUUCGAUAAGACAACGAUGUGCUUAUUAUCAUGUAAUGUACAGUUUCUUUCAGCUGCCAAUACAAUUAGCUUCUUGUCCGUUCAAAUGAUAUUCUCUGCAUGCUCCAAACUUUUAAUUAAGUACUAGCCUAAGGGGCCUGUCAGAAAAGAAAGUCCAAAUCCAAAAAGACAAGAAGAUUAUAUUGUAUGCAGCCUGUGUUAAAAGGAAGCCCAACCGUGUGGCGCCACAACAGAGGUAGACAGAGACCGCCUAGGAGACUGGAAAUUGCGAAGGAUAUUGUAUACAUAGUACGCAACUACUUUUUUGAUACAUAGAUUAUUCAUGAACAUAUUUUCAUUACAUAUAUAAAUGAAUUAUAAAAGAAUAUAUUGUAUAGUUAUGGUGAACAAGUAUUCAUAAUUUGCUAAAAUGUUAUGUUAUGAUGCUCCUUGUGUAAUGCAUUCAAUUGUGAGAGCAAUAUACCCGUACUCAGAUAUACAAGGUCAUGUCACUGAAAAGUAUGAGUACAAGUCACUCUUUUCAAGGAGUGAAUGUAACUCGAUUUUGAUUGACUUAUAGGAGUGAACGGUAAAAUUUUACUCUAUGUGAGUGGCCUUGCGGCUAAAACUCGACGUUACACUGUAUAAAAUUGUUAAAACGAAUCCAAAUUCACUCUUUUUUAUUCAUGAAAGAGUGAUUUGCUCACUCCUUUUCAGUGAGUAGUGAAAUUCUGUAACAUAAGGUUAAGCACGCACACAAGACCUGUAACGCAUCGAUUUUUUGAAAAUCACUAUUUGUCAUCAAGAUAAUUUUGUGAAUCCAGUUGCGUAUCUUGAUGAAUUUUAACGCAAGAAGACUUGCCCCUCAUUGUCUUGCCUGACUUACGCCAAGAAUGAUCGAUUGUAAUUUUCUCUUUUAAAUUCUUCCUGAGCAAUGUACAUUAUUCCACUUAAAAUCUUCGUUUUACUGUAUAGUUUUGUUCUGUUAGCUUGUUCGAUUCAAAGUUAGUUUCCGUCAAUGCAAAAUAAAAGAAUGAUCGAAACACAUAAAGUAAUAAUAAUAAUGAAAAGAUAAUUGAUUAUUUAUUUUUUGGUGAAGAAGUAUUUUCUUUUAUCUGAUGUGAAUUUCCACAUAUACUUUCCCAUGUAGUAUAUUUUCAAAAGUAAUGAUUUGAAGAAAAUUACAUGAUUUUCAUUUUGUUAAUCAACGGAUACAAAUGAUGUUUCAACUCUAUCUGUAUAGUUUUUCUUUUCCUCAAUGGUUUCCCAGAAAUUUAUCUUAAAAAUCCAGAACAAUGAUUGCAUAAAAAAAAACUGUAGGAAAUAACAGGAAUGUAAAGAAGAUAACUUCUAAUUAAUGAUCAAAGAAAAAAAAAGGACAUCUUAUCUACAGUACUUAAUUUAUGUUCAGGAAAUGUAUACAUCCACUUUUACAUGUUAUGUAAACUAAUGGAAGACGGUUACUUUUGUAUUAUUUUUUACGUGCUAUAUAAAAAAAAUGAAAAAGAUAUUUGCUGCAGAUUGAAUAAGACAGAUUAAUUUUGCACCAAUAUUAGCAACUUUAAGUGCUUUAAAAUUGUUGCUUCAAUUAUAAUUACAUGAGCCUCGAAGCCUCGUUUUUGUAAUUACAGCUUAUGAUUAACUACUUUCAAAUAUAUGGGUUCGAAGUGUCCAUAAAUAUUCAUGUGAAAACCAAAGGCGUAUAAUAUUGUGUAGAUAUAAGUUACCAAUGAUAAAUAUUAUAUACAUCUCAUAAGAUUUACUUUGUAUUAUGUUCAUUUUAAAUAAUAUUUUUGAUGUAUAUUAUGUGUUCAACAUUUGUUCAUUUAUGGUUAAUGGCAACUAAUAACAACUUGGCAAGUGCUAGGGCCAACAGAAAAAAUAAAAGUUGUACAGCUACUUUCCAAAUAUAAUGUGAAAAGGGGUACUAAACUAAUUUUGAUUAUGAAUGAUUUGAGCCAUUAUACAAUAACGAAUGGAGUUAGGUGUUAUGUGCAUUUUCUAAGAAUUUUAUUGACGUUUAAAUCAUUUGGUUAAUUUAAAAAAAAUCAGGCCAGGGAAUGGUCAGGCUUUGAUCAGAAAUAUCCUUGUUAUUCCCCAGUUUGCACAAAUCCUAUUUUAAAUAACAACGAGUUGAUAUCAAUAUUAUGUACAUCACAAAAUGAAAACCUAACGCAAGUUUGGGAUUUUUAAUUUUGAAACCUAAUUUGGGGUAAUCUUAGUCAGAGUGUCAUACACGUUGAUUCCAGAAACAAUGGAAGAGUCAAGUUCAGGACUAUUGCUCAAAUCAUUAAUACGAGGACGGGGGAUCAAUACCAAAUGGUCUUUGAGAAUUAAAGAAAAGUAAUCCAAGUUCAUUUUGUUGUUAGAAAAAUGGACAUGCCUCUACCAACAGGCUAACCUUACAUUGUUUUUAUUCUGGUAAUUAGUUGAAAAUUAAUAUAAAAUCACUAAUGGGUAAAGUAAACAGACAUUUUAAGAGUAUGUAUCAGCUGAAACCAUUGUUCUUGUACCUCCCUAGUUGACUUUCGUUUGUUUUUGCAAGACCAGUUUGUUUUGAUUAGUUUGUAUAAAAAGAUAUCAUUGAGUUUUCUGUUUGGCUGUUUUUUUUGUACUUUUACUUGGAAUAUGUUUAUGUAUUAAAUCACAAUACAUGUUGUUGUAAUAAAAAUAUACCAUACCAAACACUUUCAUGCAACAAUUGAA